CUUGUUUUUGAGGUCUAGGCAGUAUAAAUACUUCGCUGUUUAAGCCUCAAAUUACAAGACACUGACGGCCUCAUCAUGGGUAAGAUCGUUGGUCUUCUGAUUGCGUCCCUCGUAGCGCUCCAAGCCUUCAGCGAUGGGUUUAAAUGGGGUUACGGGUACGGUGGCAGAAUGUCCAGAAGAUAUAUGGGUCAUGGUGGACACGGUGGUGGCAUGAGCGGUGGUGGGAUGUAUGGUGGACAUUACGGUGGUGGAGGCAUGUUUGGCGGCGGUGGUAUGGGUGGAGGCAUGUAUGGCGGCGGUGGUAUGGGUGGAGGCAUGAUGGAUGGUGGCUAUUCCGGUGGUGGAGGCAUGUAUGGCGGCGGUGGUAUGGGUGGAGGCAUGUAUGGCGGCGGUGGUAUGGGUGGAGGCAUGAUGGGUGGUGGCUAUUCCGGUGGUGGAGGCAUGAUGGGUGGUGGGAUGUAUGGAGGCUAUUCCGGUGGAGGUAUGGGCGGUGGGAUGUAUGGAGGCUAUUCCGGUGGCGGUAUGGGCGGCGGCAUGAUGGGCGGUGGUGGCAUGGGUGGAGGCAUGAUGGGAGGCGGAUACGGAAGCUAUGGUAUGAUGGGCUCAAUGAUGAGAUCCGGGUAUACUAGCUGGGGGUGGCGAUGCAAGUGCAGGAAGUUCUGCCGGUGGCCCGAGAGGGAUUUUGGACGGUGUAAAUGGUGCAAGUUUUGGCACUGCAGGAGGAAGUGCUGCCGGCGAAGCAAAUAGAGAGUAUUACUCUCUGAUUGACCAUCCUGAUAAACGACCCUCACCUUGUCCGGCUUUAACGAUUUCCGUUAAUAGUUUGAUAUGUUUUAUUCUUGAAUAAACAUGUUGCAUUUCAA